AUGGAAAUGAUGGAGAGCUGCCAGUUCUCCCCAUCCGAAUUCUUCUACGACAGCUCCUGCAUCCCUUCUCCAGAGGGGGACUUUGGGGACGAGUUUGAACCUAGAAUGACCUCUUUUGGAGCCCACAAAACAGACCUGCAAGGCUCAGACGAAGAGGAGCAUGUGCGAGCCCCAACGGGUCACCACCAAGCGGGCCACUGCCUCAUGUGGGCUUGCAAAGCCUGCAAGAGGAAGGCCACCACCAUGGACAGGCGGAAGGCGGCCACCAUGCGUGAAAGGCGGAGGCUGAAGAAGGUGAACCAGGCUUUUGAGACGCUUAAGAGGUGCACUACGGCCAAUCCUAACCAGAGGCUCCCCAAAGUGGAGAUUCUCAGAAAUGCCAUCAGAUACAUUGAGAGUCUCCAAGAGUUGCUGAGGGAACAGGUCGAAAACUAUUACACUCUACCGGGACAGAGCUGCUCUGAACCCACCAGCCCCACCUCCAACUGUUCCGAUGGGAUGGCUGAGUGCAACAGCCCCGUGUGGUCCAGAAGAAACAGCAGUUUUGACAGUGUCUACUGCCCCGAUAUGACAAAUGUUUCCUCCACUGACAAAAAUUCCACAUUAUCCAGUUUGGAUUGUUUAUCCAGCAUAGUGGAUCGGAUCUCAUCCUCUGACCAACCUGUGUUGACUCUGCAAGACCCUGCUUCUCUCUCUCCAAUUGCCAGCACUGACUCUCAGCCAGAAACACCAGGGGCCCCUAAUUCCAGGCUCAUCUAUCAUGUGCUAUGA